GUUUUUUGGUACAUGAUUCUACAUUUGAAAGUUCAGCUUUCAUGAUAGAGAUUGCACUGCAGUACCUGUAUUGCUGAAGAACCAAAAGAUGACAAGUAAUCACUGCCAUUACUGCAUGGAAUCCCUUCUUGGCAGGAGGUAUGCAUUUAGAGAGGAGAAUUCUUACUGUGUUACAUGUUAUGAUGGCCUAUUUGCUAACUCCUGUGAAGAAUGCAAGAGGCCCAUUGAAUGUGAUGCCAAGGAUCUCGCCUAUAAAGGCCGCCACUGGCAUGAAGCGUGCUUCAAGUGUGCCAAAUGCAAUCACUCUUUGGUGGAAAAGCCUUUUGCUGCCAAGGAUGAGCUCUUGCUGUGUACUCAGUGUUAUUCUAAUGAGUAUUCAUCGAAGUGCUUCCACUGUCAGAAGGCCAUUAUGCCUGGUUCUCGUAAAAUGGAAUUUAAAGGAAGUUGCUGGCAUGAAGCCUGUUUUGUUUGUCAAUACUGCCUGCAACCAUUAGGAACAAAGCCUUUGAUUACCAAAGACAAUGAGAAUUAUUGUGUGCCAUGUUUUGAGAAGCAGUUUGCUCACCACUGCUACUCCUGCAAGAAGAUGAUAACUACUGGUGGAGUGACAUACCACGACCAGCCAUGGCACAAAGAAUGCUUUCUGUGUGCUGGAUGUAAGAAGCAGCUGUCUGGGCAGAAGUUUAUUUCCAAAGAUGACCAUCCAUACUGCCUAGACUGCUUCAGAAAGCUUUAUGCAAAGAAGUGUGCAGCCUGCAACAAACCCAUUACUGCUCUUGGAGGUGCCAAAUUUAUCUCAUUUGAAGAGCGCCAGUGGCACAGUGACUGCUUUAAUUGUGUAAAAUGUUCCAUUUCGCUGGUGGGACAAGGAUUCCUCACCCAGCAAGAUGACAUCCUCUGUCGCGAAUGUGGUUCGGCUGCAUAGUUAGAGAGAGACACAUUAUUCUCGCAUGCUGUAACCAAGUACUUCCUUACCCUGCAGUCAGAAAUUCAUUUAAAGGCCAUAAGAGUUAUUUAGUCAUUCAAGUUGCUUUCCACCAGCAGUUCAAUUCUAUCACAGUGCUCAGCUGCUACAUGCAUGCCUUAUAUCUUGUAAAAAGAUUUUUACACAGUUCUGGUUAAGAAAACAUUUCCAAAGAAAUUUCUAUAUAUAUUUUAAUGGAAAUACAGUAUGUUUGUCCUUGUAAAACAGUGCACUCUGCUGUUGGGAGCUUUAGAAUUUUAUAUUAUAUAAUCCAAGAACGACUAUGAAAAAUCUGUAUUUGGAAGACAUAAUAGAUGACCUCCUUGAAGAAAACUUAUAUCAGUACUCUACUGAUGCAGACACUCAGGUGGAAAGUGGUGGUGCAUUCCCCGCUGGGCCACAAUAUUUAAUCUGAACAAUGUCCCCCCUUCUCUCUGUACCUCAAGGCUGCUGGGCAGACAAAGAAGGCUGCCGGCAAAGCAGUCAUUUCGCUAUGUGCAGAAGGUAGGGGGUUGUUGUACAGAAAGGAAAGACUUCUACCACUCCAGAGGGGGUGCUACUUCUCUGCCUUGUAAGACAGAAAGGAGUAGGAGAAAUAGAUGCCCACCAGCAGAGAGAGUCAAGAGUCCACUCCAUGGCCAGGAGGGUCAGGUGAGGGGACAGAAGGCCAUUUCCUCCAUAAUUUACACCACUGAAUACACUAUAGGGCAAUUAAAAAGCUGUAUAAUCUUUGCUCCAAGUUGUAAGUCAGAAUUCCUUUGCAUCACUCUAUGCUUAAUCAAUGACCCACUCACUUUUUCCAAUUUUCUGAUUCUCAGUAUAAUGAAUGCUAACUAAGCAGUUUGCAAAAAUGUGGGGCUUAGCCAAGCAAUUAAUUGUGUGUCCAAAGUUUCAGGUGCAUAUUCGUAGAUGGUUUUUGGAAAAAGUGUCUGUAAAUGACAUUUUCAUUACUUACACUUCAUAGUCGCUCAUAGCAACAAAUUUCUGUUUCUCUAUUAGGACACAUUACUAAGAACUACAUAUAAGUUGAAUAACAUGGGGGGGGGGAAAGAUUUCUUUACAUUUUUUUCAUGCAUUAUGAUUAAGGAAAAGAGGAAUUGCCAGACUGUAUCAGAUCAAUGGGCCCAUCUAAUCCAGUAUCCCAUCUCCAACAGUGGCCAGCACCAGCUGCUCCAGAUGAAGAUGCAAGAAAAUCCAGAGUGCACAAUUAUAGUGUAUGUUGCCCAUCCUGGUAGUUUCUUACUAAUACCUACCACCAGGGCAUGCCCUAGACCAAAUGGCACCCCAGACAAAGUGCCGCGAUCGGCCGAACCUGAGGACGAGGCAGGUAAACAAACUGGCCCAGCCCGCCAGGGUGCUUACCCUGACAAGCCGCGUGCCGGAGGUUGCCAACCACAUACGAAAUAUCUGAAACAUUUUACUUCAAACAUUCUAUUUUCCCUUUUGUUGCUAACAACAAAAACAACCCCCAACGCUGGGCACCCCAGGCAGUCACCUGCCCCUAAAUCUGGUCCUGCCAGCACUGAGUGGUCGGUUUAUGCUCUGAAGCAUCAAGGCUUAUAUCCCUUCUUAAACAAACAAACAAAAAUCUGUUCUGAGACUAGUGAUUUGCAGAGCUGAACUACAGCCCCUUUACCAAAAUUAGCUAGUUUUAGUUAAACUUUUUUUUUGCUAAGUCAUCUUUUCAGGAUAUAAAUAAACAAAACUACACUUUAAUCUGCCAUCGGAAUCAAUGAGCUCCCCCAAUCAGAGCGCUAAUGUAUAGUUUCCAAACACUAACAUGUCUUAAAACUGCAACUGCCUUUUGAAUGCCGUCAGACCCUUGUCAUUGGUGGACAGGAUCAAACCUGGGGCUUCUGGAGCUUAUUGCAUGAGCCUCUAUCGCAUGAGCUAAAAGCCACAUGGCCCUUAGCUAAGGCUGUAGAGCUGCCUAAUUUUAUCUCCCUCUUUAAGUGGUCUUGGUGCCACUAGAUGGGACAGAACACCACACUCAGUAUGUGAGUGGGUUACACCUUGUCUACACUAGGAUUUUAGUACAUACUAAACAUACACCUCUUUUCCUAGUGUAAACAUGGCUUGAGAGUCACCUUCCUGUCUGCCAAGCCACCUCUCUCUUCUCCUGAAAACCCAUUUUCCAGAAAUUCAUCCAUCUGUCUCAUCAUGAAUAGUUUCUCCUUGCUCUCACUUUGAACUGUGAUCUAAUAUCUUAUGUGUUUGCCUUGUCUAUAUUAAGACUGUCAAUGCUUUAGAACAAGGAGCAUGACUUACUCAUUUUGUUAAGAGCCAUGUACAUUUACCAGCAUUAUAGCAAUGGUUUUUAAUAAUAUUUUCAUUACAAUCGAUAGGCCAACAGAACAAUGUAGUUUUGUUCCUAUAUCUCAUUUAUGUCACUUUGAGAGGAUUUAAUCUGCUUGCUGAGCUUUUAAAGUAAAAGUGUCUAUAUUAAAGGCCAAGUAGAUUAGUGUUACAAAUGUUCCUUCCCUUUGUUCCACGCUUUCAUGUCAUUAAACUAUCAUAAUACUGAGCCAUUGAGAAUGGUGCAAUGAAAUACUCGAGGGCAGGUUUUGUACCAUUUACCACACUCCUGAUGUGUUUUAAAGCACAUCUUACUCAUAUUAACUUCAGGAGCACGGGUGUCCUUUUAGGAGCUGAUCCAAAGUCUAUUGCUGUUAAUAGGAGUCUUUUCUUUGACCUCAGUUGCAUUAAGAUCUCAUUCCCUUAUUUAAUUGAAAGUGAUAAUUACAUUAAGAAGACAAAAAGAAAAGUACACUAUAUGAAAAUAGGCCAGUGCCAAACUGCAAUAGUAUAAAAUCUAUGUGGAUAAUAACUAACCACAAGUGUAUAACUCUGUUUUCUAGUCAAUAAAAUAUUGAUUUUUUGCUUAA